ACCAUUACACUGGCGUUGCCUGCGAUGCUGAAAAACUUUAAAUUAGCUCAACAAGUUUUCAGUCGAAGCGUUUUCUGCGGUUUGACUGUCGCUCCUUUCAAUGACCCGGUUUGUUUUGGGUCUGUUCGAGGACCGUGCGAUGCAAGCGUCCAACGGAACAGUCAUGGACUUGGAGUCGGUGAAGAUAAAAGCCCACUAUGGAGGAGACAUGCUGAUCACUGACCUCGCCGCCAAGGUGACCUUUGUGGAUUUGUGUGAAGAGGUUAGAGCCAUGUGCAAUGUUGCUAGGCAGCAGCCCAUCACACUCAAGUGGAUCGAUGAUGAAGGAGAUCCGUGUACCAUCUCCUCCCAGAUGGAGCUGGAAGAGGCCCUCCGGAUUCACAGCCGAACCAAAAGAUCUGGUCUGCUGCUUCAUGUCUUCCCGAGUAUCCCAGAGCAGCCUGGCAUGCCGUGCCCCGGGGAGGACAAAUCCAUAUAUCGCCGCGGAGCCAGAAGAUGGAGGAAGCUAUAUCGGGUCAACGGACACCUCUUCCAGGCCAAGCGCUUUAACAGGAAAGCUUACUGUGGCCACUGUCGUGAAAGGAUAUGGGGGCUGGGCGGGCAGGGCUACAAGUGUAUCAAGUGCAAACUGCUGGUCCAUAAGCGCUGUCACAGACUCUUCCCUCAGACCUGCCAAAGGCUUAUGGAUCCAGUCAUGCCAUCGCAAGAGCCGCCUACAGACGCGAGGAGUGAUGAGCAGGACCUUCCGCCAGAGGACGCAGACGAAAUAACUUUUCUGCCACACAACUGUACGGUGGACAAAGCAGAAGAUGCCGACUCUGAGGACCUGAAAGCGGUGGUGGAGGGCAUCGAUGGCAUCAAGCUGACUCCAGGCCUGGCUCUGGGUCUGAGUGACUUCGAGCUGAUCCGGGUGAUCGGACGCGGAAGCUAUGCCAAAGUCCUGCUGGUUCGGCUGAAGAAGAACGAGCAGAUGUACGCCAUGAAGGUGGUGAAGAAGGAGCUGGUUCACGAUGAAGAGGACAUCGACUGGGUACAGACGGAGAAGCACGUGUUCGAGCAGGCGUCCACCAACCCUUUCCUCGUGGGCCUCCACUCGUGCUUCCAGACGGAGAGUCGGUUGUUCCUGGUGAUUGAGUAUGUAAACGGCGGAGACUUGAUGUUCCACAUGCAGCGACAGCGCAAGCUCCCAGAAGAACACGCGAGAUUCUAUGCAGCAGAAAUUUGCAUUGCUCUGAACUUCCUGCAUGAGAAGGGCAUCAUCUACCGCGACCUGAAGCUGGACAACGUCCUCCUGGACCACGACGGACACAUUAAGCUCACAGACUACGGCAUGUGCAAAGAGGGGAUCAGACCAGGGGACACCACCAGCACCUUCUGUGGCACGCCCAACUACAUCGCUCCUGAAAUCCUGAGAGGAGAAGACUACGGCUUCAGCGUGGACUGGUGGGCUCUGGGGGUUCUGAUGUUCGAGAUGAUGGCCGGGAGGUCGCCCUUUGACAUCAUCACCGACAAUCCUGACAUGAACACAGAGGAGUACCUCUUCCAAGUUAUUCUUGAGAAGCCCAUUCGCAUCCCAAGGUCUCUGUCAGUGAAAGCUGCCAGCGUGCUCAAGGGCUUUCUAAACAAGGAUCCCAAGGAGCGGCUGGGGUGCCAGGUCCAGACGGGCUUCACAGACAUCAUGCUGCACACAUUUUUUCGAAGUAUAGACUGGGAGCAGCUGGAGAAGAAAGAGCUGACGCCGCCCUUCAAACCUCAAAUCUCAGACGAAUACGGCCUUGAGAACUUCGACACGCAGUUCACUAAUGAGCCGGUGCAGCUAACGCCGGAUGAUGAGGACGUCAUCAAGAGAAUAGACCAGUCGGAGUUCGAGGGGUUCGAAUACAUCAACCCACUGUUGCUGUCCACAGAAGAGUCUGUAUGAAGGAGAGCAGCUUCCUCCUUCGCCCACCAACUGUCUGUCCGAGCUGCCAUCUCAGCCAAAACUGACUCGUAAGCACACUCAGAGUGGAGGAGGCGACGCCGCGCCCUCUGGACACCAGGCACAUGAGCUGGAGGGGUUGAGGUGAGGGGGUGGGAGGGUGUGUGUGUGUGUGAGGGGGGCGGAGUUCCGUCCUGAGCGACCACGAUUGUCAAGUUUGGACUGCGAGAAAAAGAACUCUUCACACUCGACGCACGCAAACAUUCCUUCAGUUAUCUGUGUUUGAUUUCCUCCCCACUGUCAGAAUGUCUGCCCUGGUGCUGCGGCAGGCGCGCCGGUUCAAGUCCCCUUCGCCUCACUUCCCUGGAUCAAUAUGACCAAGAACUUGAAAUUUAUCGUGCACUUUUUUUAGGUUGAUUUUUAAACGGAUUGGGGGAUGUAUGUUGAUGGACACAAAUAAGUUAUUACUGUGUAACGUCAUGUAGGUAUUAAACCCAAAUUUGACGCUGCCUUUCUAUCAGAAGAGCCACUUUGAUGUGCGGAUGCUCACAGAGGGAUGUCGACAGCAGAGUCGUUAUUUAAGAAGUGCCUCAAGGAUCUGAUGAAUCACCGCCUGGUUCACAAGCCGGGCUCGAAGCGCACGCGCUCCAGCACCCGAACUCUCCCGCACCGACGUCUUCAGCUCCCAGCUCAUCCGGAGGGUUUGCAAGUGAGCAGCCGGAGCUGAGGUUCCGUUCCUGCACCCUGAAAGAGCUCAGAAGCCGCCUCUCUACUGUACUGUCGUGACUGAAUGUACACGUGUCUCCCUCUACAGGAAGGGUGAGUAGCGCCUAGCUUUAACAGUAGAGCCUAGCUUUGCCAUAUUGAGCUUGGUCUUGGGGUCCGGCUCCUCCUGGGACAGGGUUCUGCAGCUCUCCCUAGUGUCUUUACUCACUCCUGGUACCCACUACUGACCGACGCCCUGGACGCUCAAAGAAACCAACCAACAGCCCUGUCUGUCUGUAGGCACUCCAGUUUCCUCCCUUAUUGGUCCUGCUUGUCUGUGCAGCUGGUCUCAGUCCAUGGUGUCCAAUAUUAGAUGCUGGGAAUAAGCUCCAAAACAAUCGCUACAAAGUGAUAAUUCCUCCUAAACAGACAUCUCUUCCAGCUGGAGCUGGAGCGAGCAGGUCAGGGAGGACUUCAACGAUGAUAGAAACGAGCAUGUUUGCUCGGACACUUGACUGAAAGGACUGUCAACAGGACACACUCACUGACCCUCCCCUCAGCUCGUCUGCCUCCACGGCUCGCUGGCCGAGCUCCAGUUCCUCCAUACCAGCUGCCGCCAUCUGUGACCGCUCCAGAAGACACCUCGUGUGUCUGCGGUCCAAGUGGACUCACCUCGCUGCGCUCUGGCUGACUUGACAUGCCGAGACUUCAGACCUGAGAGACCACCAGGCGAGGGUGCUCUGUUAAGCUUCAGCUGCUGAGUUUGCCCAUUGACAAAAGCAUCAUUCACAGAUGAUGAAAGCUCCAUACUCUUUGGAUCCCUCCUGAAUGUCAUUUGAAGUGUGCUUUACAGCGUUUGAGUACAUUUGUUCAGGGACAACUUGUCAUGAAUAAGAACCGAUUGAUUUCUGGUUCACGGCUUCAUCGUGAAAUGAAUGGAGUCUCUUCAGUUUACUAUUCAUUCAGCAAAGUGAAUCACCUGAGCGGCAUUGCAUUUUCAGAAGAACAACAGAAAUUCUUUGCUUUUCUUCUUCAUAUAUACACAGAUAUAUAAAGAAGUAGUGAAAAUAUAUGAACAUAUUGUGGUGCUCCGGUCAUGCAGCUUUAUGUAGCAUUGGUGUGCAGACACCUGCGGCCAGAUCUGGGCACAAGACGAAUCUGACAUUAGCUUGUGAAGGACCAAAGUGAGGCGGCUGAAUCCAGCGUAGCAUCUCAUGACAAGAAACCAAUAGCCUUCCUUCAUCCCCUACUUUCCGAUUCCUCUGAGCACUCCAGGUUCCUCCCACUGUCUGAAAACAGAGGUCAAUUGAUGACUCUAAAUUGUCUGUGUGUGUGUGUGUGUGUGUGUGUGUGUGAGCGGUUGUUUAUAUGCGUUUCCAACUCUCACUCCAAGUAGCUGGGAUAGACUCCAGCCCCUCGUGACGCUGGAACAUUUUGAUAAUGGAGUUUAAGGUCCAAGAGGGGAAUGUUCACCCUGCCCCUGGUGAAGUCUCCGGAGUCAGGUCAGCCAGACCCAGCUUCUCCACAUCUGACUCCUCGCUCUGUGGUACAGUGGCGUUCACGCUUGGAGAGCACGUGUGGCGUUGGAAACCAGAGAAUCAAUCAGCCGGGGAAACUAAUCUCCGAAAAGCAGCUCCCCAGGAAGCGCUCUUCAUUGGCCACAGACGGAUGAUAUCUGACCCGCCAUCUUUUGAUAACCAGCUUAAUAGGAUUAAUUAGCUGAUCCCGAGUCAGAGGUUGCCACUGAGCUGCAGGGAGGGAGAUAAAGAGCGGGGAGAUAGCAGAAUCCCAUCAGAGGGAACUUCCUCCAUCUCUGAUGUAAACGCCUGCUCCCCCCUGCUGGACCAACAGAUGACGGUGAGUCACUGACACGUCACCGGUGACUCACGUCCUCGAACCGAUGGACUGGACAACGCUUCUGGUUGGAUGUGCUUGUUUUCUUUUUUUUGUUUGUUUGGCUUCACCAACAUCUUUGUAAAUACGUGUAAUUAUUAAAAAUGAUUCUGGUUUUCCGUCAACACUCGUCUUGGUUUCUUCCGGACUCCUCUCAGAUGUAGCUAGUUAGUGGUGGUUAUAAGGGUAAGUCGUGGAAGGUGGAAAAUAGUCGCAGUAUAAUG